AUGUGCAACCCGGAAGAAGACGGCAGUGAUGACGGCAAGAGCUAUGAAACGCAGCCCUUUUUCAUCCCGAAGGUGCUCAAAGCAUCUGGCACGCUAGUGAUCGAGCGCCUGCCGCUGUUCUUCGAAGGCUACACCUAUGCAUACGGUCACAUAGCUUACAUUCACGGACGUCCCCCGUCCCCUGUCAUCUUGGUCCAUCCCAACUACGCUGGCCUGAAGCAGUUUGAUAUCGAUCAGGCUGCUUUCCUGGCUCGAGCCGGCUAUGUGGGGGUAGCUGUGGAUCUCUACCGGGAGCGUGAGAUGGUAGGCGUCUCGGAUGAGAGCCUUGAGUACCUCUUCGAGGAUCGCGACCCCAAGCGUGACCUGACUUUCUUCGGCCAAAGCUCUGGGUACAUGAGCGAGAGGCAGAAGGAGAAGGUGAAACGUCAUUCGGCAGGAUCCUUUGCUGCAAUGACCGGCCUUCUCAAGACUCCCAUCGUCUGGCGGGCGCUGAUGGCCGCGUGGUUGGACAAGGCACGCUGCCACCCAGCGGUUCAUCGGGACUUUGCCGGUGCCAUCGGAUAUUGCUUCGGCGGCCAAGCAGUGCUGGAGCAAGUGCGUGCAGGACACUCUAUCCAGGCGGCUGUGACCUUCCACGGCCUCUUGCAUUCCCGACCUCGACGGGUGGAGAGUGUCAGGGGCAACGGCUACGAUGGGCGAAUGUCUGCAGAGGAAUUUGCUGCUGACUCCAGCAUCAAGAAAGCGCCGAACGUUUACUCCACCAAAUGCAAGGUGCUUAUUGAAAACGGCGACUUGGACGAUCAUGUGCCGGCAGAGUCGGUUCAGGAGUUUCGCAGUGAAAUGGACGCCAUUGGGAUCGACUGGCGGAUCCAUACUCAUGCUCAAACUCCACAUGGCUUCGCCCUGGCACCAGGCGUGUGGAGCACGGCAUACCGAGAGAACGCAGAUCGGCGCUCCACGCUGUCGAUGCUGCAGCUUUUUGCGGAGGUGUGGCCCGAGUUUCCUCAGCCUUCAGUUCCGACCAACGCCUGUGGGACUGUGUUGGGUCAAGCCAUUCGAAUCGCUGCGCCCGACCGGAAGACGGCUCUCCAGGUCAUUCGCGAGGUGCAUUGCAACGUCCUUCCGUGCCACGGAUACGUGCUGCCCGAGGACGGCGAGGACCUCGAGGUCAGCAAGAAAGUGCAGCAAAUGCAAGGAUUUCUUCAGUCCGGCAAGGUGGAUCUGAAAGUGGCCGAGGCCUUGGACUACACCGUGCUGCUCUCAGGCUACGGUCGCCUUCUUUCCAAGCCGCUCGUGACGCCUGGCAGCCAUGGCAAGCAGAAGGCCACGGCAGUGUCGCAGCGAGCCUUGGUGGUUCUGUCCGAAGAUUCCCAGCAAGCAGUUCGUGAGACUUGGACGCACAGCCAUAGACCGCCGAAGAGCCUUUGGGUCGCGUCGACAUGGAACAAGUUCGAGCCGAAGGAGAUGAAAUGGGACGGCUCCAAGUUCUACCAUGCCUUCCAGGUCGGUGCCAAUGGCUGGGAGAGCUUCCAGUUGCUGAUCGAUGGAAGGUGGGAGCAGUGCGUUUAUCCCAGCGUUGCAGAUGCGUGUCCCUUUGUGGAGUACCGCUUGCUCGGGCCCGAUAACCGUGGGCAUGGCAAGAAUUGGACUGUGGGAAGGCAUCCAGAGGACUCGGCAAAGACCGGUGAGCGUGUUCGCCUUGCUGUUGCGGUGAAUAGCCAAGGCCUGCCCAGGCAGGUGUCUUGGCGCAAGGAGGUUCGGCGGACUCCUCCGCAACGCUGA